AAUAAACGUGCGCUUUCAAAAACAAAAUUCUUUUCAUGUCAUAAAACUUUAUUACAAAAUUCAAAGAAAAUAAUCAAUCUCUAAAUCUGCAAACACACAAAAAUACAAACCAUACAAAAUGGACCCCAAUAGAACAAUAAAGCAAUUCCAUGAAAUGGAAUUAGACGAUCGAAUAUUAAAGGCCAUAUCCCACCUUGGCUGGACCCAUCCAACCCUCAUCCAAGAAGCAGCAAUUCCACUUCUUCUCGAAGGCAAAGAUGUCAUAGUGAGAGCUCGCACGGGCUCUGGCAAAACAGCCGCCUUUGCAUUGCCAGUUAUUCAGAAAAUCCUAAAUUCCAAAUUAAAUGCCGUCGAACAGUCCAUCAGUGCUCUGAUCUUAUCGCCCAGCAAGGAACUCUGUCAGCAAACAAGAACAGCAAUGGAACAAAUGGCCUCCAAGUGCGGCAAAGUUAUCCGCAUUGUCGAUGUCUCUUCGAGUGAUGUUGUAACACAAAAACACGCUCUAGCCGAAAGACCCGAUAUUGUCAUCACAACACCAGCAAAGAUUCUAACGCAUCUUCAGUCGGGCGCCAUAGAUCUGAAGAAAUUGGAGAUGUUGGUGGUCGAUGAGGCCGAUUUGGUGUUCAGUUUUGGCUUCGAGAAGGAUUUCAAAAAACUCGUUGAUUACUUGCCUCCAAUUUAUCAAGCCGUUUUGGUAUCAGCGACCAUAACCGAUGAUAUCAAAGACAUGAAAAACCUGAUUUUGCACAAUCCAGCAACUCUGAAGCUCGAAGAACCCGAGCUAGUGCCUGAAAGUCAGCUCUCACAUCAGAGGAUUCUCGCCGAGGAGAACGACAAGCCAGCAAUACUCUGUGCUCUUCUGAAACUCAGACUCAUUCGCGGCAAGAAUGUUAUAUUUGUCAAUUCCGUGGACAGAUGUUACAAACUCAAAUUGUUCCUUGAACAAUUCAGCAUCAAGUCAUGUGUGUUGAACUCAGAGCUGCCCACAAAGAUCCGCAUUCACACCAUAAAUCAAUUCAACCAGGGUAAUUACGAUUUCAUUAUUGCUUCCGACGAGCAAAUGCUGGAAAACCCGGGCCGCGUGAAAAGUGACACAGAAUCGGGUGCAUCGAGAGGAAUUGAUUUUCAGUGUGUGUCCAACGUGAUCAACUUUGACUUCCCUCUGGAUGUGAAUUCGUACAUCCACCGAGCAGGAAGAACCGCCAGAGGAACGAAUAAGGGAUGCGUAUUGUCGUUCGUAAGCAUCAAGGAUCAAGAAGUCAAUGACAUUGUAGAAGAGCGCCUCAAAAGCGGCUACACAAGUGAAGACACCAUCAUCAAGAACUAUCAGUUCAAACUGGAGGAAGUCGAGCCUUUCCGUUAUCGAGCGAAGGACGCCUGGCGGGCCAUAACCCGCAUCGCAGUCCACGAGGCACGUUUGCGUGAAAUCAAAACAGAAAUAUUCAACAACGAGAAGCUGAAGAGUUUCUUUGCCGACAACAAUCGGGAAUUGCAAGUGCUGCGCCACGACAAACCCCUGAAGGUGAUCAAGAUUCAACCGCAUUUGUCGCAUGUGCCCGAGUACAUUGUACCCAAGUCACUGAAGCGAUUGGCCAGCAGCACAAACCAACGAAGUUCCAAGCAAUUCAAGAGCUUCUCGUUGGCGAAGUCGACGUACGAAAGUCAGCAGGACAAUCCUCUUCUCUGCUCGUCCAUUGACUAUGCCAAGAAGCGUGCGCCUCGCAGGAAAUGAACAAAACUAAAUUUUUUAUUUUUUUUUUUAAACUUGUCAACCAAAUAAAAUUGUUUUUAUUUAAAUUU